AUGAGACGGGCGACAAUCGGGCAAACUGUCUAUCAUCGCUGGAAAUGUGUCAAUUACGAUAACCCAUUUUGCAUCCUCGUCCAUAGUUGCUUCGUGGAAUCGGACGACGGGCAAAAAGUUCGGCUAGUUGAUUCCAACGGUUGCUCCACUGACCGUACUAUCAUGCCACAAUUGGAAUACGUUGGGGAUUUGGAAGUGGGACAGACAUCACAAGCCUGCUCAUUCGCAGACCGCACCCAAGUAUCAUUCCAAUGCCAGAUCAGCGUGUUUCCGAGGAACGGCGAAUGCCCAGCAGGACCCAAGGAAUACGAUGGGCACCACGCAACGUUCUAUCCAACCACGGCAGACCGCUUACAUGUCACGUGGUACGGUAACGGCGACGUCAGCGAGUCCAACGACAAGCUACAAAUCACCGUCUACACCCUCUACAACCCCAUCGACAACCAU